GGUUGUCGUCUUAUCAUUCACAUCUUCUCCGGAGUCUCGGGGCAUCGCUGGGAAGGAGACGUUUAAAGAAGGAUACCACAAUUUUGUGUCACCAUCUACAGAUAUGCAAGCCAUCAGGUCUCUAAUCAUUCCCAAGUGGUCCUCAGAUGUACAACUGGAAGGGAAGACAGCUAUAGUAACGGGGGCCAAUGUCGGAAUAGGCAAAGAGACAGCGAAAGACCUGGCAGGCAGAGGUGCUCGGGUGAUUUUGGCGUGCAGAGACAUGGCGAAAGGAGAGCAAGCCGCUCGAGACAUCAUGAGGGAGGUGGAGGGAGCCAAAGUAGUCGCCAGGCAACUGGAUCUGGCUGACACCAAAUCUAUCUGCCAGUUUGCUGAGAAUAUCUACAGCAAUGAGAAGACUCUUCACUAUCUGAUCAACAAUGCGGGUGUGGCUAUGUGCCCUUACUCCACCACUGCGGACGGAUAUGAGAUGCAGUUUGGAGUCAACCACUUGGGUCAUUUCUUCCUGACCUUUCUGUUAUUGGAUCUGCUGAAGCACUCGGCCCCAUCCCGGGUCAUCAACUUGUCCUCGUUAGCGCACACGAUGGGAAAGAUCCAGUUUGAUGACCUGAGCAGCGAGAAAAACUACCACCCGGUGAGGGCCUACGCCCAGAGCAAGCUGGCCAACGUCCUGUUUACCCGAGAGCUGGCCAGAAGGAUUGAGGCUCUAGGUGUGACGGCGUACUCUGUGGACCCCGGCACAGUGGACACUGAAAUCUCAAGGCACCUGGGGCGCCCUCUUGUGAGCAUAUCCAAGACGUUUGCCUUCCUGCUCAAGACCCCGGCAGAGGGAGCCUACACCACCAUCUACUGCGUCGUCACUCCGGAGCCCCAGAUGGCCACCGGAGGAUAUUACAAGGACUGCGCCAGUGCAAAGACCGCGAGGGCAGGUCAGGAUGAUGGAACUGCCCUAAAGCUUUGGGCUGUGAGCUGCCAACUGCUGGGCAUCCGUUGGAGAUGAACAUCCAUCUGAAUCUGCCCCACCCCAUGCUAUGAGGCACUGUACACGACCACGUAGUGUUACACUUCAAUAUCAUGCAGUUGAUGUAUUGUAAUAGAGAUUUGUUUUGGAGAUUUGGUUAAACUCAUGUUAUGAAGGCUGACAGAAAAUAAUGUUCAUAAAUGUUGCAAAUAAAAGAAAUAAUG